GAGGGCGCCGCAGUGCAUCCUGGGUCGGCGCAGCCAUGGCGGCUCGUGUCCUCUGCGUCUGUGUCCGCCGCCUGCCCGCGGCCUUGGCGCCGCUGCCUCGGCUCCCUACGUGGGCCGCGACCCGACAGCUCAGCGACCUCCUGCGUCCCGUGGGCACCCGGACGAGGCCCGGGGCCCCGCCGCGGCCAGCUGCGCCGCUCGCGCAGGUCCCUGGCAGGCUGGCACAGUUGUGCCGCCAGUACAGCGAUGCGCCCCCUCUGACGUUAGAGGGCAUCAAGGACCGUGUUCUCUAUGUGCUGAAGCUCUACGACAAAAUAGACCCCGAAAAGCUCUCUGUCAAUUCGCAUUUCAUGAAAGACCUGGGCUUAGAUAGUUUGGACCAAGUGGAGAUUAUCAUGGCCAUGGAAGACGAAUUCGGGUUUGAAAUUCCUGAUAUAGAUGCAGAAAAGUUAAUGUGUCCACAAGAAAUCGUAGAUUACAUUGCAGACAAGAAGGAUGUGUAUGAAUAAAUCGUCAGACCCUUUUCCUCACUGAGAAGAUCCAACAAGUACCCGUGGCACCUGGCGGUGAGGACACACUGGCACUGCACCAUCACUGACGUGGAUGGAGUAAUUCUGUUUUGACUUGUAUUUAAAUUGUCUAAAUGGCUUUUUUUCCCUUUGAAAAUAAAUCUAUGAAACAAAUUGUUA